AUGACUGUAAUGCCCCUUACCCCACCUGCCGAGCCGACCCUUGAGAUCCACAUGAAGGAUGGCUAUAUGGCUCAUCAAGAUACUUCACUUCCAUGCCCUUGGAUUGAAACGCCUCUGAUCGAAUCAGCACCAUUAUCGAAACUUGCUGGCUGUCGGAUCUUCUUAAAGAUGGAGAACUUCCAGCCAAGCGGUUCAUUCAAAUCUCGUGGCAUAGGAAACCUUGUUCUCCGUGCUGUCCAACGCUCUUCUGCCUCCUCUUCCUCACCAAAACAUUUCUACGCUUCUUCAGGGGGCAAUGCUGGUCUAGCCUGCGUGACCGCUUCUACCCUUCUCCAACAAAAAUCCACAGUGGUGGUACCCCUGACCACCAAACCAGAGAUGAUCCAGCGAAUCAUAUCAGCGGGAGCAACAGAGGUAGUUCAAUACGGACAGACCAUCGCCGAUGCUGAUGCGUAUCUACGCGCGGAGAUAUUACCUAAAGAUCCCCAAGGGGUGUACGUCCCUCCAUUUGACCAUCAGGAUAUCUGGAAUGGCGCCGAAACGUUAAUUCACGAAGUAAAUCAUUCACUUGUUCAUACUCCAGACGCGUUGGUAUGUUCAGUAGGAGGUGGUGGUCUAUUAGUAGGUCUAUGUCAAGGUUUAGAUAAACUCACUCCGUUAUCAAAGAGGGAAACCACCAAGGUGAUCGGAGUAGAAACCAUAGGAUGUGAAUCUUUUUACGAAGCUAUCAAAGCGAAAUCACUCGUUACUUUACCAAGUAUAAGAUCAAUAGCGACUUCCUUGGGAUGUACGACCGUAGCUUCCAAGGCAUUGGAAUACGGUCUGAGGUCUAACGUCAGUUCAACAUUGGUAAGCGAUAAAGAGGCCAUAGAAGCUUGUAUAAGAUUCGCAGAAGAUCAUAAAGUCUUGGUAGAACCUGCAUGUGGUGCGACGCUGGCUUUAGUGUAUUCAGGUAGAUUGGGUGAAGUGAUGGAGGUGAAAGAGGAUGACAAGGUAGUGUUGGUCGUUUGUGGAGGAAGUAAUAUAUCGGUGGAGAUGAUGUGUGGUUGGAAGAAGGAAUUCGAGCUAUAA